AUGCGCACCACGGAGCAGCUGAAAGACAGCGGCGGUUUAGCCGCGAUCGCGAGGAUGUUGAAAGCGCAGCAUAAGCAGCAAACGACGACGGCGGCGAACGAGAAGGACGAAGAGUGUAACGACGACGACGAGAAAGAGAAACGAGGAGAAAAACGACGACGAAAAGAGAAGAAGAAGCAUAAAAAGGAGAAGGAAAAGGAGACGAAAAAGGAGUUUAAGAGGAAGAAGACGUCGUCAAAGUCGGACGAUUCAGACGUAAACGACGACGAUGCGGAGGACGAAAAGAGGAGGAGGAAAAAAAGUAAAAGCGAGGAGGAGAAGGAGGUUUCGUUGGAGUCGCUUUUAAGGCGAGUGGACCCGGUGGUGAUGUUAGACAAAAACGACGACGAGAAUGAUAAAAUGUUGAAGAGGAUACGAGCGAAGCUGAAGUGUGCGUUAGAGGCGAACGUGUUGCACUUUUCGAAACGCGCGAGCGGUAUUACGAAGAACGCGAGCGUUACCGCCGAGCGAGCGCACGCUUGGCGACAGGCGGUUCGCGGAUACGGGGACGAAGAAAACGAUGAGAGAGGACCUGGAAACGUCGAUUCUGUUUUGAACGUGUUUAAGGCGAUGUCGGAUGUGCUCAUGGCGAUCGUGUCCGUUGAUUCCAAAUGUAGUGACGACGAUUCAGACGACGAGAGUGAAAUAGUGAAGAAGUAUAGCCCAUUCGCGUCGCAGUUGAGAGCUUUGUCGACGAAAGCGUUCUAA